GCUCCACACCAAGACCAUCACAACUUGAAGCGGGAAAGGACGCGAUAUGUUGUAUCCCGCCCAGUAGGCUUCGUGUCCGUCACAUUUCUGCGCUCUUUUGGCAACAGUCAGCAAACCUUCAUUUUCAUCUGAAGUCGACGGAACGCCUCGCCCCUGUCCGGCCGCACCCUAGGGAGCAAUACCCGCAACCACCUGCAUCCAGCAUGUGUCUGUCGCGCCAAAAGUACACAGCAACGACACAACUUCGCCCUACGUGGACCAGUCACAAUGGCCGAGGAGGUACCCACGCCGUCCUCCUGCGGUACCGGGACGGCACCCAUGAGCUGCUGCUGCGGCUCAUCAGAGUGUUUUUUUUUGAAACACAACUCUUCAGUCCUCGAUAGCGUUGAAGCAGAUGUGCAGCAUGCAGCACGAAUGGGACAGGCCCUACUUGAGCGCCACGAAGCAUACAUGGCAGAUGCGGAACGUGACCGCAGGGAGCUUACCAGUCGCAUAGAGCAACUGGAGAUGGACAACAAGGAGCUCGAGGCGAAGAACGCCAGGACGAUUGAAGAAAACCGGGAACUCCUCAGCCAGCUCGAAUCACUCAAUACCGCCGUGACCGACUCCGAAGAUCGCAUCAAGUCCCUGGAAGCGACAUUGCUCUCGUCACAACAAGUCAUUCGAAGACUAGAAGGAGAAACUGCGAGGGCCGAAGCACUGGAACGACAACUGGCAUGCCUCGAACAGGAGCAAGCAGACCUGCAGAAGAACUUGGCAACAACUCAGGAAGAUGCUCGAUGUGCCAUGUCCAGAUGGAGGCGUGCGGAGAGAGGUAUCAACGACUUACAAGAUCAGCUCGAGAGGAUGGAGAGAGAGGGCAGAGAGGAGAGAGAACGUCACGCGGAAGUGCUGGGCCGCAUGGAGAGGCAGCGCGAGGUCGAGAGAUCCUUGGAUUCAUCGGCCGGACGAUUAAAGGCGGCAGCGGUCACCAAGUCGUUAAGCAUUGCAAAGAGUGGGAGCAACGUCGUGUCACAUUUCGUACGCGAUUUGCUGCAAGACAAUGCGAACCUACAACAAGGCAUUGCUGAGCUGCGUGAGAUGCUUAUGAACUCAAAUGACGAGAUCCAGGCAUUGAGGGAGCAGUUACUGUACCAUCAGCCCCUUGACGAGGUUCAAGGAAGGGCUGUACCAACACUGGAAGCUGAGUUGGACCCGAAGCGAAGCUCGCAAGAGAGCCCAACGGCAGUCUCCCAGGAACUCCACAUUCACCACCACUAUCAUGUAGCGGCAGUAAACAAGGAGGCGAAGAAGCCGAGGAAGAAACGCAUAGGCAUCGCUGGAGGUAUUUACAUACCCCCGUCGCAGGCGUCCUUGCCGCCGACACCGCCAGCACAAUGGCGGCAACAUCAACUCAAUCGCAUGUCGAGGGAGUCGGCACCGUCCCACCGAUGGUCCGUCUUGUCUGAGCAGCCAUCCGAUUUUGCGCCCUCUUCGGUACCCAGCUCCCCACAGUCCAACAACCGCAACUCGGUAUUUGACCCAGCCACGCUAGACUCAUUCCCCGCGUCACCGACGACGAGUAUUGAUCCAAUGUCCCCCACGUGGCGUGCAACGCAUCGAAAGCAGCCUUCGAACAUAUCAUCACGAAGUUUUCAGGCGCCCGGCAACCUUUCACUCAACCCCUCUACACCAUCACACAACCAUACAAUCAUCGAAGAAAGCGACGAUUUGUUAGAUGUGCCCGAUCUCAUGAUAACAACGGAUGAAUCGGCCGCGGAUGACGAACCUAAAGAGCCUUUGGCCCGGGAUGACGGUUCUACGAUCUACCACGAAGAUACAGACAGCAGCGAAGAGCCCCGUAGGCGACGUCUUCGGAGAUCGCCCUCUGACGAAUCCGUAAUAUCGCUCUACGGCGGCGGUUUGGACAUCCACACCCUCAAAUCUCGGCCCAGCCAGCUCACCCUGCGUCAUCUCAGCAGCGCGACUACCAUCGCAGGGAGCAGUACAGUGACGGCCCGUCCGAUGCUUUCUCGCGAUGGAAAGCGAGGCAGCACACUUCUGCGCGACAGUUUUGGGGCAUCGCCGAGGAACCCGGUCGCAAGCUUACGUGCGGCCUCCGGGCCGUCAUGGAUCCCUUCGUCCGCGCAAGCGCCGUCGGUGUUCGGAAAAUGGACGGGGUGGCGGCCCUGGGGCGGUGGCACCAGCCCGAACGGCAGCCCUCCCGUGAGGCCGGACAAAGACAAAGACAAGCAAACACAGCGUGACUUGAGCCGUCCGGCGGGGAUCAAUCAAGUCGGGGUUGUGCCCGGCUUCUCUGAAUACCUCGCCGCGCAUCAGAAACGACCAUCGAGCAAGGUCAUGCCCGACUCGGUGGAUCGAGAUGCGCUAUUGGAAGGCCUCGCUGAAUAAGGCGAGGCGAGGUGGCAGUAG